GCGUAUCUCUACUAAUGCGUUGCUACGCAUGACGUCUCUGCAAGCGUCAUCUGCGCACAAGUUACGCUGUCCAAACUGAGUUCCCGGAAAUACUGCAAGGUGAUUGGUUCUCGUGGGAGGAUGGGCGAGGGCACCGCAUCACCAUCGACCAAUCAGAGUACGAGGGCUGGGGCGCCCCCGUGGCGGGGCGCUCACUGGGCGCCGGGGCGCUGGACUUUGUCUUCGAUGUGGGCGCCUGUCGCUUCUGCUCCAGGUUCAUGGUCCGCUCCUGGAAUGUCGUCGAGAGGUUCGACGGCCCUUGCGAUUUCAGGCCCGGUAAGCCACCAGUUCGCCGGCCACGUAAUCCAGCCAGACCGCAGCCAGACUGGCUUACCUCAUCCACACCAGCGGAUGCCGCACGCAGCCACAACGCAAGCCACAAUUAUAGCCUCCAGCGAGAAGGUUCUCUUGCUGAUAUCCUGGAGCCACAAGAAUCAGUCAACGGAAGUGAGCUGGUCAUCAGCGAGAAGAAAUCAGUCAGUCAAGGCAAGGACUUACCGAGUGAACACAAAGGAUUGUUUGCAGUGCCGAUGAUCCAGAAGACUAGUAAAUAUAAGACUGGAAUAUCGGUCAAUAAAAUGGACCAACUUCAGAGCAAGCUGAUCGAAAUUGAGAUCAUACAAACAGUGAACAUUGAAAAACUUUGUGCGCCUUUGGACUCCGUUUUUCAAGGAGGUCGACCUCGUUCGAAGGACUUUGCUGGAAGUUCUGUUAAUGACAUGCAACAUUCGAGCAAAACCUUCGACGUUAAAGCUCCAAACUUUAAAAAUUUUAAUGCUUCCGGUAAGGACUCGAGAAGUUCAUUUGUUCACCCUCAUGAACAUCAUACCUUCACCCACCAUCAAAGCGUAGGCGCAAAUCACGAGUCACACGCCACGAACUCUCAUUCCAGCCUUGAUUAUUUUUCUCCGACAAAGAAUUUUAAUUUGUCGCGCGUCGAGACGAAUUCGGCUGGAAAUUUUGACCUUUCCGUUGGUCAGGUUAAGGGGAACACCCCUAAGAACGUAGGGGGCAGCGCCCCUGGGGAUUUAGGGGACGGUGCCCCUAGGGAUUUAGGGGGCGGCACCCCUGGGCAUGGAGGGGACGGUGCCCCUGGGCAUGGAGGGCAUGGUGCCCCUGGGGACGGAGGGGGCGGCGCCCCUGCUGGAGUUGUACUGCACCGCCGCGCCCCUACACCGGUGGAGUGCCUGUCGUUCCUGAGGGGGCGCUACGCCCUGGCCUGGCGAGACGCUCACAGUUCGUCUGCGUGGUGUACGCACCCACAGGCGACGCUGUCCUCGUGUCAGCUGACAGGCGAGCGGUUCACAGCUGACAUUCAGCACAUGACAGUCGUGUACCGCAGCUGUCCUGGCGUCAGACAGUCGUACGACUCAGAGGUGACAUACUCGUGCCUGGGUACGUGGCACGUGGGUACGAUGCUGUACGUCGCUGUAGCAAACCUACAGCACGCUGAUGAAGAGGAGAGAUACAGGUGCUUCAUGCAAGACCUGCAGGAGACGCAACUGGUGAUCGGGGCGUCAAAGAACCCUGGCUGUGCAACCCUGUCCUCCCCAGACUCUAGCCCCCUGCUGAUGAACCUAACCCCAGUGGUACCUAGCGUGGCAGCGACGUGUACCUUCCCUGGCGAGUACCAGGGUUCGUGGCAGGGUACUGGACGCGGUGAACCAAGGGUUCACAUCAACUCCACACACAUGGUUCUCGCUCAGUACCGCGGUGCCAGGGAGGUUCGCGUGGUUCACGUCUGUUUAGAGAACCGAGGCAAGAGGUUCUUGCUGGCUGCCGUGCCUGACAACGGGUGCGAUGUAGAGUACGUAUGUUACGAGAUGUUACCGCGGCAACACAACAUCGUACGAUAUCGCUCUGGCCGCCACAUCAGCCGCGCGUCCUUUGAGGGCUGCGAUCACCGCGCGUUUGGCAGCGGUGCGCGCUGGGCGUACGACACUCUUAUUGCCGACCCCCCGACCUCCGUCCCAUGCCCAAUCAAAGGCCGGUUCACCGUCUCCCAGAGGGGGUCGAUGCCCCUCACCCCCCGCGUGGUGGGGGGCGUGACGGUCUCCCCCAUGGACACGUACCCCUGCAGGAGGAGGUACCCCGUGCUGAGUGUGUGUGAGGGGCGUGGGUACACCACCAGUACCUUGGUACUUGAUCUCGACGCCUGCGCAGACCUCGACCCCUACGGCAACCCUGUCGUUGUUAAAGGUCUACCAGCGCGUUUCACUGUACAUUGGUGCGCAGGUCUAUACCAGCGCGUUUCACUGUACAUUGGUGCGCAGGUCUACCAGCGCAUUUCACUGUACAUUGGUGCGCAGGUCUACCAGCGCGUAUCACAGACAGAGGUACGCAUGUCAGCGUCCGUGGGUUCAGCGUGUGGUGCACUUCAGACUCACGAGUCGAGCUGGUACAACUUGUCUGCUCAGCUGUCGCUCACGCUCACGCUCACUGAGCGCCUGCAUGAUCAAUGCCCAAUGGAAGUGGACGUGGGAGAAGAUCACCGAAGAUCUGACCCGAGAUCGAGAUCCUUGCCCGUCGUAUUUGAGUUCUUCAGCAGCGAGGCCCGCCCUCGGGCCUCACUGGUGUCCUAUUUCCUAGUCAACCUUGUAAUAUUAUUUGUCGUUAUUGUAAUAACUCAUUAUCAUGGUUAAUGAGUAUGUAAUUGUAUGGAUAUUUCUCUAAAUUUGUAUUAGGUAUUAUAUGACUCAAUUUAUGUUAUUUAUGCUGCUUCAUAUGCGUGUUAAUUUAUUAUUUGUAUUUGUCCUUAUUCGUAUACGGUAUGUCCUUACUUAUUAUUCUUUGAUGCCAAGUAUUUCUUUAAUUAAACUUAUAUAUUUUAAAGUUUGUGUUUGUCUCACGUAUCUAUGACGCAACGAUUUCCUAAUAAAUUUAGAGGCAAAUUCAUGUGUCUAUUUAUUUAACAAUCAAGUUGAUUAAUUUGAAUGGCUCUGUUGAUGAUAUGCUGAACAAUGUUGGGGCCAUGGACCGAACAUUGAUUUACU